AUGGUCCUCCGGCUGCUGCUGGUGGCCGGACUGUUGGGCAUUCCUUGGGCCGAAGAGAGAAAGCUGGAGGUCACAGAGAGCCAAGGCUUUGCUGCAGGCCAAACCGGCGAGUACUUCCGAUACAAGCACAUUUUCCACAAGAAACCCAGCGGCGAGGAUUUCCAGCAUGCACAAAAGGUUGCAGAAGAGGUACGAUGCGUAGUAUGUGCCAAAAUAUUGGCAUCCCUGCUGGCAAAAGCACGUUCGUUCAGCGAGGACGAUAUAGCAGAUGUAUUGGAAGGCAAUGCAGAAUACGAUAGGACCGGUGAUCCCGUGACGGACCAAAUGCUGAAGCACAAGCGCGGGUGUAACAAGCACUUCAAG